ACCACAUAAUGACAUAAUGACACUCACAUAAUUCUCUUUCACCUCCAACAAUCAAAAUGAGCAUUCUUACUUUAUCCUCCUCCUUCCUUCUUCUUCUCCUCCUCCUACUGAAAUUGAGCUUGCAAGCUCAAGCUCAGACCAACGCCCCGAAACCGAUGAAUCCGGUCUCGGCCGUCUUUGCUUUUGGGGAUUCAACAAUGGAUCCGGGCAAUAAUAAUUUUAUUGCCACAGCAUUUAGAAGUGAUUUCCCUCCUUAUGGGAGGGAUUUCUUUACUCACCUGCCAACAGGGAGGUUUACUAAUGGGAAGCUUGUCACUGAUUUUGCUGCUUCUUAUGUGGGAUUGAAGGAGGAGUUGCCUCCUUGCUUGGACUGGUCUCUUGGUAUUGAUGAGUUGAUGACUGGAGUGAGCUUUGCAUCGGCUGGAUCAGGGUUUGAUCCCCUAACAGCACAAAUAGGGUUGCAGGGAGUGAUUCCCAUGCCUCAGCAGCUUAAUUACUUCAAAGAUUACCUUAACAAGCUUGACUUCACAAUUGGAGAAGAUAAAAGAGCAGACAUUAUCAAAAGAGCCAUCUUUGUUGUAAGUGCCGGUACUAAUGACUUCAUCAGUUACUCAACUCUCCCUCUUAGGCGCCAAUCUUUCUCCAUAGAAGGCUAUCAAGGCUACAUACUUCAGAAUCUGAGAGUAUUGUUACAGGGUUUAUGUGAUCUUGGAGCAGAGAGAAUUGUGGUAGCUGGACUCCCUCCAAUUGGUUGCUUACCAGUUGUUAUCACAUUGAACUCGAAGGAUGGCAUCCAUGAUCGAAGCUGCAUUGAGCCUGAUAAUGCAGUAUCUUAUGACUACAACAGGAAGCUUCAAGCUCUGCUUCAGGGUUACUCUACUUUGAGACAAGUUCGCAUUAUCUAUGCAGACAUAUAUAAUCCUCUUUUCGAACUAAUUCAGAGUCCAACUAAAUAUGGUUUUGAGAAUUCAGAAGAAGGCUGUUGUGGAACAGGAUUGGUUGAAGCUUCAUUCCUGUGCAAUCCCAAGUCUCUUGUAUGUCUCAAUGCAGCCAAAUAUGUGUUUUGGGAUUCUAUCCAUCCGACAGAGAAGACAUAUUACUACAUAUUCAACAGUUUAAGAGUGAUGAUAGAUCAGAUGCUUGCUUAAGAGUACUUAUUAGUCUUUAAAAAAAAUUUACACUUACUAGAGGUGGUGCUUGCAUUUGUGUUCUUCUAGCUAGUAGUAGGGAUAUUGGUCUUGGUGCAUAAUGUUUUUUCUGUCUGUGAGACCGUAAUGCCCUUGUAUACAAAGAAGAUAAAUAAAUAAUGUACUUUAUCA